UGAGUAGCAGCGCCAAUUUCGGCUCUCAAAGCUGUGCUGACAUGUCUAUUAUCAUCUAUUGUUAUUGUCAUUUGUGUGACCUAUUUGUCACCGUCCAGAUACAAGGGAUCAAACGCAGGAUUACUUUUGGCAACUCUGUGGAGUUGUUGACAAUAAUUUCGAAGAACGAAGCUCUAAAAUUGCAACCUGAUUACUUUUAAACACCUGCUUGAAACCGCUUAUGACCGCCGUCGUGCAUAACAUUUUCAUUUUAGUAGUUUCACUGUUAAUAAACAGAUACUUGAUUGCAUAAUGUAUUGAUGAGUUACCGUGUGCGAUUGAUUCAAUAUAAGAAAGGAUAUGUCUGCAAUAAAGCGACGAAAAGUAUCCAGCUUGGGCUUGGAUGUAGAAUUGAGGAAGAUUCUUCAAAAAAAUGAAUACUCACUGAACGCUGUUAACAACUAUGGAGACAGUCUGUUGCAUGUAAGCGCAAGUAACGGCUGUACAGAAUCAGUGAGGGAUAUUUUAAAGAAAAAUCAUAAUUGCAACAUUGACAGAAAGAAUAAGUUCGGCUGGACCCCUUUGAUGCAAGCUGUUCGGGCCAACAAACUUCAAACAGUAGAAGUGCUUAUAGAAUAUGGCGCUGAUUUAACUCAAAGGAACUAUUUGGGAACAUCAAUACUGACCCUGGCUGCUGGAAUUAGCCACGAGAUGUUCGAAACAAUCUAUAAAGCUCACACUUCGAUGCUCGCAAAUUCAGUACAUGAUGAUGUUACACCACUGUGCGUUGCUGCUAUGAGAAACGACAAGAAGCUAUUUUUCAAGCUCUUGAGUUUGGGAUUGAAAGUGGAGGAUGAAAGUGUGUACACUCAUCUAGUGAUGCGGCAGUCUAUAUUUCCAGAAAUCCGAGCCCUAGCUAAAUCGCAAUGCGAUGUGAAUGAUUAUUGGAACAAUACAUCAGACAAUAUAUCAAUUAAAAAAGAAUCAGGGAGCACAAAUGAUGGCUAUUGUCGUGACAAAAUAUCUAAUAAUAUUAAAAGUACAGGACUUGCUCCAAGAUCGAGUACAAUUAUUUCAUCAGAGGAAAGAAAUCUAAAGUUGAAACCAGAACUUGUGAACGAUAAAGUAAUGACAAAAGAAAUGAAACCACCAAAUAUUAACUUGCUUUACGUGAAAGAGCUUUAUUAUGAAAAUAAAGCAGUGAUAUCUCCAAACUUAAUUUACAAUUUAGACUCAUGGUUUGCUAAAUCACCGAAUCUUAUAUCAGCUUCAAGUCCUAUCCAAGAACCGACAAAGAAAGUAGAUUGCACAUUCUACCGUCCAAAACAAAAACAACGCACCAUCUUCACAUUCGAUAAACCACCUGAUAGCCAUACGCUAGCACUUCCGUUGCAGAGAACACACGAUAUUCAUUCGUUGACUUCCAAGAUCACUGAUCAUUCUAGAAAGGACCACAUCAAUCUCACCUUUGAACCACAGUUCAGUCCUCCUCGAUCUCCCUGUUUGCCAUUAGAUUUCGAGGAUGAAGAUAUCUGUGGAGAGGAUACACCCACACCCCCACACUAUAAAACGCCGCCUCGUGGAAUGGUCCUUAAUUCAGAACAGGCUAAGCUUGUUACAGUAUUGAAACAAUUUGAAUUGGCCCAUCAUAUCUCAAUAUUCUUAGCAGAAGAGGUUGAUAUGAGCUUAUUUCUAACUUUGAAUGACCAGGACCUUAUAGAGAUUGGAAUAGUAAGUGACCGAGAUAGAAAAGCACUGUUAGCAGUGGUUGAUGCUUAUACAAAACACAAGAAAUAUUAAAUAAGGCUGGAAAAGGUAGGUAUUAUUAAGCAAUGAAUGAAAACACAGAUGUCCCUAUUUUAUACUUAUUUCAUUAUUUACUGUAGUCAAAAAUGUGUGAUUUAUUGUUGACUGAAUUAUUUAUUGACUGAGUAAUUACAUGUUGCACUCGAUAUUUGGAUUGAUUUUAUACCAAAUCGAGGGUAGCAUUAUAACUUUAUAUUUAAGCAGUAAAACAAAGUUUAACAUAGUUUAAAAGUUAGAAUACAUAAGAAUGAUCUCAUGAAAUUUUUAAUCAACACUAUCAUUUUGCACUAUGAAUCGGUAGUAUAUUUAAAUCUGCGGACAUAAUACCUGUGACUUAG